AUGGCGAAGCGAGAUGAUUGGGUCUACGAUGAACUACUGUGUUUCUUGGGAAAUCCUUUCUUUCAAGUCCCAGUUUUAACUUUUAUGGAAUCAAAAUGUUUAAUUUUUGAUCCAAGUAUUGAAGACAGUGAGGAAUACAAGAAAGUUCACCAGGAAUACAAAGCUAUUAUUCAGAAGUUGCUGGACGCCUUCAUAAAAGAUACAGGUAUAAGCCAUGACCAGGUCAUUAAAGCUGUCCAAGACAUGAACAGGAGAAAGGAAAUCAAAGAAAUGUUCCAGAGCCUGUUUGAGCAGUUCUUUGCUGCUGAGGACUACACCAUUUUUGUUCGACUGAUGGUUCAGAAAAACAUUGAGUUACAACAGCAGGCUCUAGCCAUGAUCAUGCAGAUGCAGGGGGCUCUCCCUGAAAGCCUGAGUGAGGGGACAUCAAAACCCUCUACAUCCGCACCCCCUGCCCCCUCCAAUGAGCAGUACGGGGCACAGAAUGAGGAAGAAAUCCUGAAAGCUGUUUUAGAACAGUCCAAAAGGGAAUAUGAGGAAGAACAGAAGAAGAAAAAGACAGUGGAAGAAGAGGAGAUGAAGAAGGAGAUGGAGAGUCUGAUAACGAUCUCCAAGGUCGAACAUUCCAGACUGGAGGAGGAGAAAAGUAAAGAGAAAACCAAACUAGACCAGGCUUUGUUUGGGAUGACAUUAAAUGAAUCGGCUCCACAAACCAGUGCAUCUAGUAAACCACCAGCAGGAAACACCAAACCACCACCAAAACCACAAACAGACCUCAAGUCAGCGCCUAGUAUAUCAGUGACUCCUGCUGCUCCCCAAAGUGCCGCACCCCCUCCUAAACCAGCAGAACCUGUCCCUGCGGCUAGUGUCACUGCAGCCAUCGCCUCCCAGAAACUACCAAGUGUCGGUCAACAGAAACCGCAGAUGUCGAGUGCAGAGGCUGCAGCUAACUGGUUAAAACAGACAGAUGACACGCCCACUUCAAACAAACCUUCCACUUCGGCUGUCCAGGCAGCUGCUGCAGCCAUGUCAAACAUGAACUCAGAAGAACUAAAGAAGAGACAAGAAUUUUUGAAGCAACAAAGAGACAAAUUGCUAGAAAUGAAGAAAAAGGAAAGAGAAAAGCAGUUAUUAGCUGCAGAAAAGUCCCAACCAAAACGUCCCGUGUCUGCUCGCAUGGCCAAAUCAGCCAUGGAAGAUGGAGUGUCAGAAAAAUCCAAUAAACUUAGUCCCGAGGAGGAGAAAAAGAUGGCCAUGAGGAAAGCUAUAGCUGAUCGUCUGAAGGCAGAAAUGCUGGGAAAAUAGUGCAUAAUGAUAACAGUGACCGAUAUGGUAUCCACAAAACUUAAAUCUGUAUUACUGUAUACAAGGGAAUUUUUGCCCCCAUUCUGUUUUCAUCCCUUUUACUUUACUCGCAGGUGAGUGAAUUUAAAUGGGGCGAAUUCAAAGAAAACAGUAUGAUUUCUUAAACAUAACUUAUUAAGCACAUUUAAAUUGGGGCAGAAUUAUUUGCAAGUGUGAAUGGAUGAAAAUAACAGGGGGUGAAAGUAACCCUGUAUACAUGUAUUACUGUAAGGUUUUUAUGAAUUUGAAGAAAAAAAUUUACAAUUUUGUGGUCCCAGAUGUGAAAAGAUUUGAAUGAUGAGUACAUAUCUAGCAGUUAAAGGGAGGUAAAUGAAUUUGAAUUUAUUUAUUAUGAGAAUUAUCAUGUUUGAUCAAUAUAAUAUACCUUGAGUAUACAAGUUGUGAUGAAAUGUUUUAGUUUAUGACAUCAUGUGUUCAUGUAUUUCAUUAAGAUUGAAAGUGUCAUUCAAUAUUGUGCAUUAAUAAGGUAUAAAUUGAAAAUUUCAGGUGAUAAAAGCUUAAAUGACCCUUUUUAGAGAAGUAGAAGUGACCUGAUGACACGUUUCAAAUUUUAAAUUCAUUAUUUGUAUUAGUUUUUAUCAUCAAUGUACUUCAGAUGGGUACCUAUGCUCAAACCCUUUAGUUCUGUCAAAUUAUAGUAUUUCUAGGUUGUAUUAUGUAUGUUUUUAUGGCAAUAUAUCUUUCAUCUUUAAGUUGGGGAUUAUUUUUAAAGAAUAUGUGUUUAUAGAUAUACGGCAUAACACUGUAUAUGGGUUUAGAGGUUGUAUGAUUUUUGCAAGUACAUGUACAUGUUUUCCAUUUAUCUGUGACAGUUGCAUUUUAGAAGAAGUUUCUGAAUUCAUUCAGUUAAGAACUAUGAUAGAACACUGUAUUACAUUGCUCCUGUUUGUAUUGGAACUUUAAGGUCUGGUUGUGAAACUCCCUCUACUCCAGUCAGUUUUCUCU